AUGGAGCGCCGGGCCCCUUUGCUCGGUCUAGGCGACCGCGGAAGCAUGCGCAACGGUCACAAGUUCAAGAAGAGUGACCCUAUGUUACCAUAUUCUGAACACUCAACCCGGGAUCACGUCGCGCGAAUCAAGACAGUUUUCAGCCACUGUCAUUACAGGAGGAUUUUGUUCUGGGCUGCCGUGUGCCUGAUGCUUGUCAUUCUGGGCUGGUCCCAGAGCAAAAGUGUUGCAGUGCCACGCGCGGUUGAGUACGCAGAGAGCAAAGCCUCAAUUUCGGAAAACACUCCCGAAACCACUAGCAAUGAAAGACUAGGGGCCGAGGAUGAAGAGCAACGAGAAGAACUCGAAAGGGAGGCCAAGCAAAAACCUUGGCUCCGGUUCCCUCACCUCGACGGCUACUAUUACGGUUUGAAGACGCUAGUAAAAGCAUCAGACCUGGUACCAGAGUACCCCAACACCACUGACACAGCGGCUUUGCCCGCCCCAAAUAUCAACGAGGGCCGUCCACGGAGGCCAGCGGUAUACGAUCCAUACCACACAGCCGGCAGACAUGUCAAGACCUGUUACCUUGACAAGAACAAAGAGAUCCCGGCAGCCAACGUGUAUGCGUACGAUGGCGUACCCCAGCACAUGCCCGCCGCUACACUUGGGUCGUACGAGUUAUUUGGAAUUCGAGACGAUGUCUGCUUUGACCGGUUUGGGCGGUUUGGUCCCUAUGGCUUGGGAUAUGCGAAAGAGGAGGGGGGUUCGGGUGUUGGUCAAGACACAGAGGAUUCCCACAGCGAGCUCGUCUGGGCAGCGAGCGGCAAGAUCAACUACACUGAGGUUGACUGGGGUGAUGCUCAAGACCGCUGCUUAGAAGCCAACCAACAUGGCCUAUUAACCCCUGACGCGAAAUUCGGUCGAGUUGCCAAUUCGGCAGGCGAUGCAAGCAGCAAGAAGGUUCGCCAGGCAGUUGUUGCGCGCUGCUACACCGACUUCCAAUGGACGGACAUUGCCAUUGUCAACUUUCGGGCUCUGAUCACGGAGCUGUCCCUCAAGUCGGGCGGCGAGUACACAGUCCAUAUUCUGCUCCACGUCCUCGACGACGACGAACCCAUCUGGGCGGAUGAGAGAGUUGUGCAACGAAUCCUCGACAGCCACAUCCCCCGCGAGUUUCACAGUCUGGUGACUCUCUGGAGCGAAGCCCAGAUGGAGCUGUUCUACCCCGGAGACUUCGAGGACGCGUACGAGAACCCCAGCCACUCUGCCAUUCACGACGUCUUUCGCAGCGCGCACUUGGCGCUGCAAGUGUUUGCCUCUCAACAUGCAGAGUACGAGUACCUUUGGAACUGGGAGAUGGACCUGCGCCAUGUGGGAAACUACUUUGAGCUGCUCGACCGAGUCGGGCGGUGGGCAGACAAGCAACCGCGAAGAUUGCUCUGGGAGCGAAGCGAACGCUACUACGUCCCCUCGUACCACGGGACGUGGGAGAAUUUCAGCAGAACCGUUGAAGCGGACCACGCACAGUCGGGCAGGCAGGCCGUCCUGGGCCCGGUGGACGACGAGGAUGGGAGGCCUCUCUAUUCCGAAGAGGACGGCAGGGGCCGUGUCCCGGAAGGCUGCGGCGCCGAGGACGACGCCGCCGGAUGCGGAGUCGACGAGGGCGCGGACCUCAUCACGUUCAACCCCAUCUUUGACGUUGCCGCCUCUGGGUGGGUGUUCUCCAACGACGUGGUGGGAUACAGGGGCGCGUCGUGCAGCAAUCCCCCGCGGCGGGCGUCCAUUGUCACGGCGGGCCGGCUGAGCAGGAGGCUGUUGAUGUCGAUGCACGAGGAGGUCUGGCGCCACCGCCGGACCAUGUUCUGCGAGAUGUUUCCCGCGUCGGUGGCCCUCCACCACGGCCUCAAGGCCGUCUACGCUCCUCACCCCGUGUUUGUCGACCGCGCCUGGGCGCCCGCGGGGUCCGCCGUCGACGCCGUCUUCAAUGGCGGCCGAGACCACUCGACCUCGGGCCCCAACAGCCCCUUUCACCUUGGCAACGAGCACAACCACCGGGGGACCAGCUUCUACUUCAACAGCGAGUUCGCGGGCCUCUUGUGGAGGCGCUGGCUCGGGCACGCCCAGAUGGACGGCCGCGGGCUGCGCGGUGCUCGCAGCGGCACCCUCCGCGGCGGGCGAGGCGAGGAGAGCCGGAGCGACAGCAGCGGCCGCAUGUGCUUGAGGAGUGUGCUCCUCCACCCCAUCAAGACGGAGGGUCCCGACCUGUAG